CAUAAUUCAUUCAUACCGCUUCUCUUUUUCUUCCCUGCAACUCUCCCUCCUCCCUCCCUCCCUCUCUCUCCCAACUAUCUGAAUUACAAAUCUUAAAAGGCUAAAAAGUUGGAGAGAGAAGACUCGCACAGCACAGGCAGAGCAAUAAUUCACUUUUCUUUCCAAGUAUUUUCUUCUCUCUCUUUUUUGCCAGCUCUACAAGCUUGUCCUUCGCCUUACCCAUUUUCUCCCCAUCUCUGUUGUGCCCCUUCAAUCCUAUCCCCCAUCAUCACAGCGAUAGAUCUCAGAUAUCAUAUUAGAAGGAAUUAUCAGCCAUGUCUAGCUCUACGAAAGUUUUGGAUCCUGCAUUCCAGGCAGUGGGUCAGAAAGUAGGGACUGAAAUAUGGAGGAUUGAGAAUUUCCAGCCAGUUCCGUUGAUUAAAUCUGAGCAUGGAAAGUUCUACACGGGAGAUUCAUACAUCAUUUUGCAGACAACACAAGGCAAAGGAGGCACUUAUUUAUAUGAUAUACACUUCUGGCUUGGAAAGGAUACAAGUCAGGAUGAGGCAGGGGCAGCUGCCAUCAAAGCUGUUGAACUUGAUGCAGCUCUUGGAGGACGUGCGGUGCAGCAUAGGGAAGUCCAAGGCCAUGAAUCUGACAAAUUUUUGUCGUACUUUAAACCAUGUAUAAUACCACUAGAGGGAGGUGUUGCAUCUGGGUUUAAAAAACCUGAAGAAGAAGUGUUUGAAACACGCUUGUACAUAUGCAAAGGAAAACGAGUUGUCAGGAUGAAACAGGUCCCUUUUGCCCGGUCUUCCCUGAACCAUGAUGAUGUAUUUAUCCUUGACACUCAGAAUAAGAUUUAUCAAUUCAAUGGGGCAAAUUCAAAUAUUCAGGAAAGAGCCAAAGCUUUGGAAGUAACCCAGUAUUUAAAGGAAAAAUAUCAUGAGGGGAAAUGUGAUGUUGCAAUUGUUGAUGAUGGAAAGUUGGAUACUGAGUCAGAUUCAGGUGAAUUUUGGGUUCUCUUCGGUGGAUUUGCUCCCAUUGGGAAGAAGGUCAUUGGCGAGGAUGAUAUUAUUCCAGAGACUACUCCUGCUCAACUUUAUUGUAUUGCUGAUGGCGAGAUCAAACCUGUUGAAGGUGAACUAUCUAAAUCACUGUUGGAGAAUAACAAAUGCUAUUUGCUGGACUGUGGUGCGGAGGUGUUUGUCUGGGUUGGCCGAGUAACACAAGUCGAAGAACGAAAAGCGGCAUGCCAAGCUGCUGAGGAGUUUGUUGCAAGUCAAAGUAGGCCAAAGUCAACCCGGAUAACCAGAAUUAUUCAAGGUUAUGAGACACAUGCGUUCAAGUCCAACUUUGAUACUUGGCCAUCAGGAUCUGCUGCUCCUGGCGCUGAGGAAGGGAGAGGAAAAGUUGCAGCUUUGCUGAAGCAACAAGGUAUGGGUGUCAAGGGGAUGACGAAAAGUACACCAGUCAAUGAGGAAAUUCCACCUCUGCUUGAAGGAGGUGGAAAGAUGGAGGUAUGGCUAAUCAAUGGAAGUGCCAAGAAUCCAUUGCCUAAGGAGGAUAUUGGGAAGUUUUACAGUGGAGAUUGUUACAUAGUAUUGUAUACUUACCACUCUGGUGAGAGGAAGGAAGACUACUUCUUGUGUUGUUGGUUUGGUAAAGAUAGCAUUGAGGAAGACCAAAGGAUGGCUGCUCGAUUGGCCAAUACCAUGUCCAACUCACUAAAGGGUAGACCUGUUCAGGGUCGCAUAUUUGAAGGUAAAGAGCCACCACAAUUUGUUGCACUCUUUCAGCCUAUGGUGGUCCUUAAGGGAGGCUUGAGUUCUGGUUACAAAAAAUUAAUAGCAGAGAAAGGUUUGCAAGAUGAGACUUACACGGCAGAAAGUAUUGCACUUAUUCGAAUUUCUGGAACUUCAAUACAUAAUAAUAAAGCAGUGCAAGUUGAUGCAGUGGGAACAUCAUUGAAUUCUACUGAGUGUUUCCUGCUGCAAUCUGGCUCAUCAGUUUUCACUUGGCAUGGAAGUCAAUGUUCUUUUGAACAGCAGCAGCUGGCAGCUAAAAUUGCUGAGUUUUUGAAGCCAGGAGCUGCAAUAAAACAUGCCAAGGAAGGGACAGAAAGUUCAGCCUUUUGGUUUGCACUUGGAGGAAAACAGAGCUUCACCAGCAAAAAAGCCACUAAUGAAACCGUUAGAGAUCCACAUUUGUUCACGUUUUCAUUAAGCAAAGGAAAGUUUCAGGCAGAAGAGGUUUACAACUUUUCCCAAGAUGAUCUGUUGACAGAGGAUAUCCUCAUACUUGACACACAUGCUGAAGUGUUUGUUUGGGUUGGUCAAUCUGUGGAUUCAAAAGAAAAACAAAAUGCUUUCGAAUUUGGCCAGAAAUAUAUAGAUAGGGCUGCAGCUCUAGAGGGACUCUCCCCUUACGUACCGCUCUAUAAAGUUACAGAGGGCAACGAACCUUGCUUUUUCACAACAUACUUUUCAUGGGAUAAUGCAAAAGCUACUGCUCAAGGAAACUCGUUCCAGAAAAAGGUGUCAUUACUUUUCGGCAUUGGCCAUGCUGUAGAGGAUAAGUCCAAUGGAUCCAGUCAAGGGGGAGGACCUAGACAAAGAGCAGAAGCUUUAGCUGCCUUAUCUUCUGCAUUUAAUUCACCUUCUGACAGAACAUCCAGCACGGAUAGAGAUAGACUGAACGGAGUAAAUCAAGGAGGUCCAAGACAAAGAGCUGAAGCUCUAGCUGCCUUGAACUCUGCAUUUAAUUCAUCAUCCGCCGGUAGAAUUGUUGCUCCCAGGUCUGCUGGAACAAGUCAAGGAUCACAAAGAGCAGCAGCGGUAGCUGCUCUUUCAAACGUUCUCACUGCUGAGAAGAAGAAGCACUCACCUGAUUCCUCUCCUGUUGGGCCAAUCAGCAGUCCUGUUGCAGAAAGUAGUGCUUCUGCAGAAGCUAAGAGUGAAAGUGGCCAGUCCGAAACCGAAGGUCCUGAGGAAGCUGCAGAUGCCAAGGAGACUGAAGAACUUGCAACCGAAACUGGUAGCAAUGGUGAUUCAGAACCAAAACAGGAAAAUGUUGAGGAUGGGAAUGAUAAUCAAAGUAGUCAGAGCACAUUCAGUUAUGAUCAACUGAAGACCAAAUCUACUAAUCCUGUGUCUGGAAUAGAUUUCAAACGAAGAGAGGCCUAUCUAUCGGAUGAAGACUUCAACACAGUAUUUGGAAUGACAAAAGAAGCAUUCUAUAAAUUGCCAAAAUGGAAGCAAGACAUGCAGAAAAGGAAAGCAGAUUUGUUCUAGAGUUGAAUAUUACAAUGAGUGACAUACAUAUCUGCUGUUUUUGCAUCCUAACAUACUUUUGUUGGAAUCCACUUUUUAUCUGUGGGAUGGUUGUGGUAUUAUUGAAACUCCAAGUUGGAUUCCGGUGCGUAACAAUUUGCUGUUUGGCCUUUGAUGGAUGUAAACCUGUGGUUAGUAUCGGAAUUGAUUGUGAUACUGCCUGGAGAGUGAGUUUUAGUUUCUCCUUUGAAAUUGGUUUUGCCUCGCGUAAUGAUGUUCACAUAUUGUAGCUAUGAAGACGGUGGACAGCUCCAUUCUUUCAUUUGAUCAGGUUUGUAAUUUUAAUACAUGGAUUUAUUCAUGUUGUUAUUGGUCCGGGGGGCGGGUGUAUAUGUACUGCUUUUUCAUAUAAACUAUAAAGAAUGAAACUUUGCUGGGUUGUUAGUUGUGAUUUUGAA